AUGGUAUUGUAUGAUAAACAAUAUGAAGCAUUUACUUUUCUAUUUUAUUGCAAUAAUAUGAAAAAAGCAGAAAAAAAUUCUCGUAUUCUUUUCACACAGUCUGUUCCCUUUGUUUUACUUUAUUUCUCUUUUCCUCAUUUUUUAAAAAAUUAUUCUUAUCUUUUUUCUUCUGAUUCUGACUCCAUUUUGUUUUCUUUUCUUUUCUUACACUUGCUCUUUAUGUCUUUAAAUUUCUUCCAGUUUUUCUUCUUCACUUUAUUUUUGUUUCUCUCACUUUCACCAUUGCUUUUUCAUAUAUUCUCUCACUUUUCUGCACACUGUUCCUUUCUUCUCCUAUUUUUUUUUACUUUCCAUUGUUUUGCUCGCUCAAACCAUUACUUUCAUAUAUUCUCUCUCAUUUCUUCACUGUUCCUUUUCUUCCCAAGUUUGUCCAGUUUAUUUAUCUGCUUGUCUUUAUCUUUGUUUCUCUCACUCAACCCAUUAUCUUUUCACAUGUUCUCUCUCUUUUCUGUUCACUGCUUCUUUAUCCUCUAA